AUGACAGUAACCAUUUCAGAUGCAUCUUGUAUAGUGGAUGCAGAUAUCUCGGACUUGGCUACCGCUUGGCCUGCGCUGCAGGAGUUCAUCUUCUUUGUCGAGCGGAUUGGUAGAGCCCAGUCCAUCAGCCCCCGCGCGCUUGUGGAGUUCGCGCGCCGCUGCCCAAAUCUGAGGAAACUUCACCUACCCCGUGUGGCCUUCGGGUCUGAGGCUCUCCUACCUGCAGAGACAUAUCUCGGCAUAACUGCGCCAGGUGUGCACGCCUUCGUUCCUAAUUUCAAACGUCGUUGCCGUCUCCGAGUCAAAGACCCCGUACACAUCGCGCGUUUCAUCGGCUGUCUUUUUCCCAACUUCAAUACCAUUGAUGCGAUGGCUCGGGAGAGGCGGAUGGUACCGCAUGUUGACGGCGAGACCGAGUGGGCCCAAGUGCUGCAUUUGUUAGCAAUGUCCCAGGCGAAUCGAGAACAACAGAUUGGAGCCGAUAAUAAUGUUAACGUUCAUGUUUGA